AUGUCCACGUAUUUACCAACGGUCUUGUUGGACCCAUUUGAGAAAUAUCGUCCAUUUCCGGAAACGCCGUCAAGUCUACUUCAAGCUCACUGGCAUGAGAUUGUUGGGUCAUUUGUCUUUUACGUGGCGAUCCAAUAUCUAUCCAAGCCAUUUUCUACUUUACUUUUUGGCAAACGGUAUACAUCUUUGUCCAGAGGCGUGAAAAUCAACUUUGACGUCCACGUCACCUCGAUGAUCCAAUGCGCCGUGUCAUUUGCGUUGUUGUUUGUUCAUCUAAAUAACCCGCAUUGGCAAAAUAGACGCAACGACCCCGUCGGCUCUCUUUUGGGCUCAACUCCAUUUGGUGCCAUGACAUGUGCAGUGACCUUGGGCUACUUCAUCUGGGAUUUCUACGUUUGCUUAGUACACUUUGACUUGUUUGGCCCUGGGUUCUUAUUCCACGCAAUUGCGGCAAUGUCGGCUUUUGCUUGUGGAUUUCUCCCAUAUUGCCAACCUUGGGCUGGUGCCUUUUUAUCCUUUGAAUUGAGCACCCCUUUUGUUAACAUGAACUGGUUUGCUUCGCAUUUGCCUGUUGGCACAUUUAGCGAGAAAUUCGUUAUAAUCAAUGGUUUGUUGUUGAUGGCUGUAUUUUUUGUUGUUCGGAUUGUGUGGGGAUUUUACGCGAUAAGUCAAAUGGGCUUGGACAUGAUGGCAUCAUUGGAUCAGAUCCAUAUAUUUAUACCAGUCGCAAUAGUGGCAAUGAAUGCCCUUUUAAACUUUUUGAAUGUGUAUUGGUUCUACAAAAUGGUGAGGAUUGCUAGGAAAAAAGUAGCUGGUUCGAAAUCAACUAGACAAGCUGCAAAAGAAGCAGAGAAGAUAGAAUAA